AUGGCGGCAGACGACAUCGAAGGCGAUGAUAAAUCUCACCACACCGACGAAAGCGUCAUCAACCGAAAGAAAGAACUAAAGGGCCUGCCCAGCAGCUUCUCCUCCAACAUCGGCCAGCGCAUCUCACCCACCCGUCUGCCAAGCAGCACCACUCACAACACACCAACAUCCAGAACAACAACGACGAAGGACGGCCGCUCAGUGCGAUCCAUCGUAGCCUGGCUCGAGUCCGCAGCCACCAACGCCGACACCUCGAGGGACGACUUGAAGUCGGUUCACUCCGUUGCGACGAUAUCGUCUGCGGGAUCGAACUCGUCGUUGCUGAGCAGGCAUACGAUUCCUGGGGCGGAGGGUGUGGAGGAGUAUUCUUUGACGUUGCUCAAGUAUAAGAAGUACUAUACUGAGGUUCCGUUGGGGAGGUGCUUGGACGAUCAGAGGAGGGAUGGAGGAGAAUCUGUUGCAGAUGGUUUGGAAAGCGGAAACGCAAAUGCAUCUACUGAGGUUAGUUUCUCUCUCUGGUAA